GGUCGAACGUUCGCCGUUCGGUGUUCGAGAUGUUUUAAUUUGCUGGAGCGUGUGUUCGGUUUGUGACUACGAAUAUGUCCGAAUUGCGUGGUUCGCCUCCGAUGUCGCGGGGUUUGGAGGGUGGUUUUGGGGCUCCGCUGGCGGCGCUGAGUUCUUUGGCGGAGGCGCCUCCUCCAGCGCCGAAUCCUCACGGGAUUGACCAUAUACUGUCGCGCCCAGCAGUGGGAUCUAACGUGGGUGCUGGGCUGUUGACGCCUCGGUUGUCUCUGGCGGCUGCGGCGGCGGGGAUGGCGCACUACCUUCAGCACAAGCCGCUCUACUGGCCUGGCUUCCAAGGGCUGGUCUCCAACCCGAUGGCGUGGAGAGACCGGUUGCAGUCUAGUACAUGGGAUUUCAUGAGCAACGGAGCGCUAAGCGCGUGCGCAGCACAGUCCGGUGGGGUAGACAAGGACGGCAAGAAGAAACACACGAGGCCCACCUUCAGCGGGCAGCAGAUCUUCGCGCUGGAGAAGACCUUCGAACAGACCAAAUACUUGGCGGGGCCUGAAAGAGCCAAGCUUGCGUACGCGCUUGGCAUGACAGAGUCACAAGUUAAGGUAUGGUUCCAAAACAGAAGAACGAAAUGGCGGAAAAAGCACGCGGCUGAAAUGGCGACAGCGAAACGCAAACAAGAAGAGCUUGGCGAGGAGUGCGACGACCAGGAACAACACGACAACGACGCUUGUAGCGACGAGGACGACGCCAAACGACCACGACUCGACAUGCACCACCAGCACAUACAUCAGAUGCCCCACCACCGCCAGUGAUCGUGUGGAAGCGCGAGCGACGACGCUAACCACGUCAGCGCGCGCGCCGAACCACACGUCACCGAAAACUGCGUCAGCGACGUCAAAUACGACUACUUCAACGAAUACGUCGUACCAAAAGCGUUCUGCAAAGAAACAAACGACGACGCGCCCUGCGAUCUCUCGAACUGGCACAAGUUCGAACGGAACCAGAGUGAGGUGGACAGUGAACAAGACUUGAACAACGAUGUUGACGAACAACCGAUCAACUUCGCGUAUUAUCAUUUUUAAUGUGAAUAAUGUAGCUUUUAACUGUACAUAGUUCGGUUAGUCAUGUGAUACGUUAAGUAAUUUAUUACCGUUAGAUUUUACAUGGUACUAUUUUAAUGAAUUUGUGGUAAUUUUAAUAUAUUGUACAUUAUGAACAUUAAACUCCCGGUGCCAAUUUUCCUAACAGUAGUUUUAGAUUUUAAAGUAUUAUAUUUUAUUCCAAAAUUAAUAACGUAACGUUCUUUCUUUAAUCAUAUUUUUUCUUGUUUACAAAAUGUAAACUACUUUUAAAACUUUCUCAUUCUCACUUUAAAUUAAUAGGUAUAAUUUUCAAAAUACCUUCAUAUUGUAAAAUAUUGUUUACGAAUCGACAUUUUUAUGUAAUAUUUUGUAAAUAUUUAACACUAUUUCAUGGAAAUUCACGAGUGUAUUAAUGUUGCCGCUAUCGGAGCAAUGCAAUAUGUAAUGUAUAUUGUAAAUUUUAAGAUAAAUUGUAAAUAAAUAUUUAAACGAAUUUAAUUAUUGUAACUAAGACUAUGAGUAGUGUAGACCACGCGAGAAUGUAGUCAUUUGACGUCAGAUGUGAUCCAGAACUUUUUUGUUUACAAAACCAAUGUUUACACAAAAUAUUAAAUAAUUUAAUUUUAAUCCGAUAUAAUAAUGUAUUUAGAAUUUUCUGGAGCACAUUUGACUAUAAAAGCCAAAAUGGAUUUUAAUGAAUUCUUUCACACAAUACCAGUGAUUUCUAUAUCAUAAAAAAUAUUUAUAUACUUUCUGGGCUUUCACGAAA